AUGAGGGGAAACCAGAGCACUGUGACUGACUUCAUUCUCCUGGGUUUUUCCAACUUUCCCAAACUGCAGUUUCUUCUGUUUGUGGUGUUUUUAAUAAUUUACUUAAUUAUCUUGGUAGGAAACACAGUCAUUGUCUUCAUCAUCACUCUGGAACAGAGUCUUCACAUUCCUAUGUACUUAUUCCUGAGGGUCUUGUCCAUCUUAGAAACUUGCUUCAGUGGAACGAUCGUUCCAAAAAUGCUUGUAAUUCUUUCAACGGAUCACAGAACCAUUUCGUUUGCUGGCUGUGUGGCACAAAUGUAUUUCAUUCUAUUCCUAGGGGGUACAGAAUGUUUUCUCCUCUGCUCAAUGGCUUAUGAUCGCUAUGUGGCCAUCUGUAAUCCCCUACAUUACCCAGUCCUUAUGAGUAAAGCAUUUGUCACCAAGCUCACAGCAGGUUCUGUAAUUUCCGGGGCAGCUAUUGCAAUAAUUCAAACCCCUUGGGUAUUUAGCUUUCCUUUUUGUGGUCGCAAUAAAAUUAACCACCUCUUCUGUGAAACUCCCCCGGUACUGGACCUCGUGUGUGGAGACACCUUCCUCUUUGAAAUCUAUGCCUAUAUAGGCACCAUUUCAGUGGUUAUGCUUCCUUUCCUGAUGAUACUUCUGUCCUACACUCGCAUCCUCUACAUUAUUCUGAAAAUGUCUUCAACAGUAGGAAGACAAAAAGCCUUCUCCACCUGUGCUUCUCAUCUGACUUCUGUGACCCUAUUCUACGGCCCAGCUAAUCUCACCUACUUGCAACCAAAGGCCAGUUACACUGCAGAGAGCAAGGAAUUGCUCUCUCUGGCAUAUGCUCUGCUCACACCCCUGCUAAACCCUCUCAUCUAUAGUUUAAGAAGCAGUGAGAUGAAAGGUGCACUGAAGAAAAUAUUGAGAAGAAAACUUGCUCUGCACAAUCUUGGCGAUAUCCUCAAGAAAUAUGACAUUCAGUUGUUAAAACAGAGUGAAAAUGAAAAAUAA